AUAAGGCCCUUCCUUCCCCCCUCUUUUAUCUUUCCUAUCUGUCCCGGGAAUCGGUGCAGCGUUUUCUACUUCCUCUUGUUCCCUCUUUCUCGCCCUGGUGGCUUGAAACGAUCGUCUCGUCGAGGAGUCUCAUGAGUAUCUUUGACAAGUCCAGAUCUAUUAAUGACCGAUACGACUUUUGAUUUAUUUAUCCUCGUUAUCAUUUCCUUUCUGGCAUGCGUUCAACAUGGCGUGUCUCGGCUGUAUUACUACUUGGCCUGCGGUGUAUCCUGCUUGUUGAUCUAUUUUUUAAUCUCUUUGUCUAUACACUGGGUUGCCUUGGUUUUUUUUUAUCUACAGGAUACCACAUUCAUUCGGCUUUGUCUUUCUUUUCCUUUUUUUUUUUUUUUUUUUUUUUUUUUCCUGUUCAUGCGUUCAAAAAAAAGGGUGGACAGGAUUUUGUACAAUCUGCAGUGUUUAGUUAUUUUUUUUUUUUUUUGGCCUGUCUGAACGAGCGACCAGGUUGUCCAUCUGAUUCUUUACUAGGUAGUUAGUAUUAGGUAGUCAUUUUACCUUAAC